GUCAUUAAUGUUUGAAUAAUACAAUCACACCAACUUCCAAAGGCUGUAGGACAAUCAGUCACCCGCGAUGACGCACCAGACCCCCACGCUCUCCGAGGCGCAGAAGAAGGAGCUACACGAGACUGCUCUACGCAUAGUUUCUCCAGGGAAGGGCAUCCUGGCUGCAGAUGAAUCUGUGGGCAGCAUGGCGAAGCGCCUGGCACAGGUCGGGGUGGAGAACACAGAGGAGAACCGCAGACAGUACCGGCAGAUUCUCUUCAGUGCAGACGAUCGAAUCAACGGCUGCAUCGGAGGGGUCAUCUUCUUCCAUGAGACGCUGUACCAGCACUCUGAUAAUGGCGUUGCCUUUGUCAAAAUGAUCAGGGACAGGGGCAUCAUGGUCGGCAUCAAGGUUGACAAAGGUGUCGUGCCUCUGGCAGGAACUCGUGGGGAAACCACCACGCAGGGUCUGGAUGGAUUGUCCGAGCGCUGUGCGCAGUAUAAAAAGGAUGGAGCUGUCUUCGCAAAGUGGCGCUGCGUGCUUAAAAUCAGUGACACCAAUCCAUCUAAACUGGCAAUCACAGAAAAUGCUAAUGUUCUUGCGCGCUACUCCAGCAUCUGCCAGCAGCAUGGCAUUGUGCCCAUCAUAGAGCCGGAGAUUCUGCCUGACGGAGAUCAUGACCUGAAACGCAGCCAGUACAUCACUGAGAAGAUCCUGAGUGCCGUGUACAAGGCCAUGUCGGACCACCAUGUGUACCUGGAAGGCACUCUCCUCAAACCCAACAUGGUCACCGCUGGACACAGCUGCCUCACUAAGUACAGCCCAGAGGAGGUUGCUAUGGCAACUGUAACCACCUUGCGCCGCACUGUCCCCCCAGCGGUCACAGGAGUGGCUUUUCUCUCAGGUGGUCAGAGUGAAGAAGAGGCCUCUGUUCACCUCAAUGCCAUCAACAACUGCCCUCUGGCCAAACCCUGGAUCCUAACCUUCUCCUUCGGCCGAGCCCUGCAGGCGUCUGCCCUCAGAGCAUGGAGAGGACAUAAAGAGAACGAGAAAGCCGCCACUGAGCAGUUCAUCAAGAGAGCGGAGGCCAACAGUCUGGCAUGUCAGGGGAAGUCCACUGGUGGGGAGAACUAUGACGAGACUGGCCCGCGCAGCUAUGGCUCCUGUUAUGCAUACUAAGAAGCCAUGUUUCCAUAAGCCCUGUGUUGUCUUUCAUCACCAUAACAAAGAGGAAUUGUAUCGUGGAUAAUUAGGUUAUUUCAGAAUUCUGACACUCGUGACAGCUUUGUCUUUUUGCCUUGACAAAGGAGGACAAUCAGAACAUGGCUGGAUAUUUCUAAUGCAUGUUGCGGGGAUAAUCGCUUUACUUUUGUUGUGGAUGUACAUGCUCUUGUGACAGUGCCAUAACUUAAGGUUUAAAAUCUUGCAUUUACUACUUCGUAACACAAAUACUAACGACUCAUUUGCUGUUAGUAAAUUGGAUAUUUGCUGCUCAUAAAUGACAUAAGUUUUAUGAAAAAUAGGGGAAAUUAUGGAAUUUAUGAUGUGCAAUUUCCCACCUGUUAGGUGGAAAUAUCUUCAAGAUGUGCAAAACUUCUCUGUGUACGCGUUUGAAUACUUUAGUUCUGUUAGCGACAAUGCACAAAAAUAAAUAUUGCACCUGAAUUGGCUUCAAGCUCAUCUGUCCGCAGUGUCAGGUAGAAAGCAAGCUGACAUUUACAUUGUAAAUCUAAAUUUCUAUUAGUUUGAUGAACAUAGUUCAAAUGUAAGCAGUCAAGCAAUAAAACAGUGUGUUGAUGCCUUUUGUAUCGUGACCAACAAACCAUUUACCAACAUGUUUAGUAUGGAACAAUACGUUAAGAAUAAGAUAACCGGUACACCUACGCGAUAAGGGAUCUAUACAUUUAUAAUAGUUGUUGAUUAAAACCCAACAGGAGUAAUCUAACAAUUGUAUUGAACUGUAACAAUAGUAAUUGAUAUGCUAUUAUAUCAUUAUGCAAGAGUAUACCUACAGUAUGUGUUUUCAUUAUCUUUGUAGCAAACAAGUGGGAGUUUUCUACAUAAUAUUGAACAUUUCUGUGUCCGGCUGAUCAUAUAACCUGUUAUUAAGUUUAGCAUCAGUU